ACAAGAUGUACUUGUACUCCCGGAUAAUAGCGGGUAACUACCAAGGCUGGGUUGAUUUUGAUGUUACUUCGUCUUUUCAAUACUGGUCAAAGAUGCCACAGAGAAACUAUGGCUUCAAGAUUGAGGUAGAAGAUUCGUACGAAAGAAGCCACAACCCGAACUUAUUCUUUGUGAGUUUGAACUGUGGCGAAGAAGAUGCUAAUACAACAGCAACGAUAGAGUCACCGUUUCCAAAUAUUGAGGAACUCUAUUUAGACAUGGAAGAGAACGACACCGCUCUCUUUGGAAACGAAACUUUUCCUACGCUGGACAUUCGAACGAUUGAGAUGUCCCCUGAAUUUACCCAAACUGAAGAGCCGCAGGCAACGAUCCACACAUUGAGCAAGAGACAAGCUGAAGAAAAUGUCGAUGAUGAGACUCAUUUCAAUUCUGUUGUUUAUGAGAACUGUGAUGUUAAUACUGAAGACUACAGAGUAACAAGUGAUAUUGUGAAAGGGAAAACUGUACUUUUCCCUAAAGAAGUGACAGGCCUUACUUGUUUAAAUACGUGUUAUAAAAAGGUAUUCGGCAAGGUCCAACCUGAAGAACUCUGUCGUCAGAUGAACAAGAACUGGACUUGCAAGCCAAUGAAAAUGAAACCCUGGCAAUUUGUAUACAUGGACGGGGACCGAAAUAUUCUUUUAGGAUCUGUCAACAACCUUGUUAUUCACAGCUGCUUUUGCGUAUGCUCGUUGCGCCCUCUCUUUUUAGACAUAUAAAUCUUAUCUGUGUGCUUGUUGAGUUAUUAUUCGUUCAAGUGUCUUUAUGUUAGAGUAAACUAACUUGUUGCGUAGAGUGUAAUCAGGUGAAAUUAUUUCGAUUAAAUCUUAGCAACAGAGAUGAGAGUAGAUGCUAUGUAUAAUGUUUACACGCAUUGCAACAUUUUUUAUAGUUAUAAAUAGAAUGUAGCAGAAGUUACGUGUAUUACUGUGAGGCCUAACUGAAAAUACAUUUUGUUUUUUCUUAAUGAGUAACAGAUAAGUAUUAUUUUGAUUAUAAGGCAGUGAAAUAAACAGCACAACACAAAUGUUAAUAUUCUAUAAGGAAAAUUAAGUGUUUAUAUUACUCAAUAUAUCGGAAAUAAUCAGACAUUUAUUCAUAUUUGUCAGUAAUAUUUACUCAAACUAUACAUUUAUGCCGAGUUGAUAUUUUGAUUUGGUUAAUUCCCUUAAAUUGUUUCUUUUUUUAGAUAUCCCCUCUUCUGUUUAUGUACAAUAAAAGUAGUUGUAAUUCAAUAACUUGUUCUAUUCAUUGCUUAAGUACAAGGGCGCUACUCUGUGGUAGAACUCUGGAUUUCGGGGCUGGCGAGCCGGACUCGAAUCCGUGCGUUACCACAAAAUAGUACCUCAUUUUAUGGUGCGAGUGCAUUAUAAGAGUAACAUUCAAUCCUAUAGCAUAGAUGGUGAGUGGUGGGAUGCUGCUGAUUGGCUAGCUGUCUUCCAUCUGGUCAGUAGCUCAAAAUUAGCGACGGCCAUAAAUAUAAACGCUCAUGUAUGUAUAUAUAACAUUAUUGGUACACUAAAGAUUGUAUAAAAAUAGUUUUGAUGUAUAUAACUAAGAUGUUUUAGAUAAUUAUAUCAAUAAAAAGUAAUUGUAUUAAUUCUUUUCGUUUUCAUUUUUUUUUGAAAUAUUUCGUUUGUAUCCUUGUGUUC